CCAUUUUACUGCUUCUUUACUUUUCGAUACCUACACACACCAAACACCACACAUUAUAACAAUGACUUGUCUUUUCAAUUAUCAAAUCAAAGAUAUCAAGCGGAAUGAGUGGAAUCUGGAAGAGCUGAGGGGAAAGGUUGUCUUGUUCGUCAAUGUGGCAUCAAAGUGUAGUUUCACGAAACAAUACGAUUCUUUGGAGAAUAUCUAUAAUACAUACAAACACAGAGGACUAGUAGUGGUUGGCUGUCCCUGUAAUCAAUUUGCAAAUCAAGAGCCAGGAACGGAAGAAGAAAUCCACACCUUCUGCAGACUCACUUACAAUGUCUCAUUUCCACUGACCUCAAAAAUUGAAGUAAAUGGUAAAGGCGAACAUCCAGUCUACCGAUUCCUAAAGGAUUCACAACCGGGAUUUUUAGGAUUGAGACGAGUCAAAUGGAAUUUUGAGAAAUUUCUUAUCAAUCGCGAAGGCAAGGUCGUCAAACGAUUCUUUACAUUCACAGAUCCAAAGUCAAUUACCAACGAAAUCGAAAAAUGUCUAUGAGUAAAUGAAACACCCUGCCACCCUGCGUCCUGUACCCUACACUCUACACUCUACACUCUACACAUUAUUUACACACAUUACACAUCUUGUAAUUAUAUAUUUAUUUAUAUAUUUAUUUAAUCAUUUAAAAUAGUAUUACUUUUGUUCAUUCUAUCCUAUAUUAUCCACUCACUCACUCACUCACUCAAAAAAAAACAAAUAUAAUUUAAUACACAC